AUGCUGGUCUCAGAUGGUUUAGGUGGAAGUAGGACUUCGAAUCAUGCUCAGAACUCUGUUGGGGCUGUUGGCAACAUUCCCUUUUCUCUUUAUGCAGAGAAUAAGUGUUUGAACUUUAAGGACUUUCUUCUGACUGUAAGGGAACUACAGAGGAAUUCUGCAGAAGAAGCAUUUCCGACUGAAUACGCCAUCUUGGAACGGAGGCCUUUUCAGGAUGUGACAGGGCUUGUCAGUGCUGACUCUAGAUGGAGAAGAAAGUAUCAAAACUAUUUUGAUGAUGAAGUAUUUGUACCCCCAUCCCUAUACCCCUCAGGACACCCAUGUUCACAUAAAUAUAGUGAUCUCACCGAACUCGAGGAAAAAGUAUCCUGUCAAUUUGACCAGAACAUCUGGAAAAAUGUAAAAGCAGAUGAAGACUAUGACAUUGCAGAGCUGAAAAAUUUGCUAUCAGACAUUGCUGACCAAAAAAUGUCCAACCCUGCAUCUUCUGUAGAGCAUGAAGAAGAGAAAAGUAAAGAGUCUGACAUCAUAGAGGUGAAAAAGACAGAUAUUGCUGAUCAAGAAAACACCAGCACUGAACAAGCCUUAAUGGAGGAGAAAGAGCCCAGAUCUGACAUUGCUGAUCAAAAUAUCCCAUCUGUGGAUAAUGCAGAUGGGGAAGAUAAAGGGCACGAUAUCACAGAGGAGGAAAGAUUAUAGACUUGGGUCCCUCUAUACAGGACACUUGGCUUCCAUAGGGCACCUCUCUAUCCAAGUGUUAAGAGAUGUUGGGUUUUCUGUCUGUGGACAAAAUUUCCACCACCCAAUCUAGUAUAGGAAAAUCUCAGUGCUUCUCUGAUAUCGUAUGCACCCCUUGCCCAGCCAUAUAAUCAGCUGGAGCAAAUUUCUAAAAUCGAAGAUGUUAGGAAAGGGAGUCAAUUCCUCCUGAAAGUGGAAUAUGUUGGGGAGGGAAGCAGGGUUAUUUUAUGUGAAUAUGAAUUCAUUGUAGAUGAUUCCUUAGCAGACUUGAAUAAAAUGCAGCAGAUGUGUGUGCCUCUAAAGCAUUUUUUAAAAAUGUGGCUUAUUUAUUUGUUUCUUAUUGCUUCCUUUUCAUUUCAAACCAACAAAGGCCAGCUCCAGUGUUUUUAAGUUCCCUGUUGGAUUAGAAAC